AAACACAAACCAAAAAAACAAAGGAGACAAAAGAUACAAUGGCUUCUUCUUCGUUAACGGGACGAAACAGAGCACUCUUCUCUGUUUCUACUCUUCUCCUCUGUUUCCUCCUCUGCAUCUCCGAGCAAUCGAACGCUCAGUCUUCUCCAGUCUUCGCCUGUGACGUCACCGGAAACCCUUCUCUGGCCGGGUUUAGAUUCUGCAACACGGGGUUGAAUAUCAAAGCCCGAGUCACCGAUCUUGUUGGAAGAUUGACGUUGGAGGAGAAAAUCGUUUUUUUGGGAAGUAAAGCUAUCGGCGUGAGCCGCCUUGGGAUUCCGGCUUACAAUUGGUGGUCAGAGGCACUUCACGGCGUCUCUGACUUGGGGAGUGGUACUAGUUUCUCCGGUCAAGUCCCUGGCGCCACUAGCUUCCCACAAGUUAUACUCACGGCCGCUUCUUACAAUGUGUCUUUGUUCCAAGCCAUUGGCAAGGUUGUAUCGACGGAGGCGAGGGCAAUGUACAAUGUGGGAUCAGCCGGUUUAACGUUUUGGUCACCGAAUGUGAACAUAUUCCGGGACCCGAGAUGGGGAAGAGGACAAGAGACCCCCGGCGAGGACCCAGAACUCUCAAGCAAAUACGCGGUGGCUUAUGUUAGAGGUCUUCAGGAGACUGACGGUGGAGAUCCUAACCGUCUCAAAGUCGCUGCUUGCUGCAAACACUACACCGCAUAUGAUGUUGACAAUUGGAAAGAUGUCCAUCGUUUCACUUUCAACGCCGUGGUGAACCAACAAGAUAUGGCUGAUACGUUUCAACCACCGUUCAAGAGCUGUGUAGUUGAUGGAAAUGUGGCCAGUGUCAUGUGUUCUUACAACCAAGUUAACGGUAAACCGACAUGUGCUGAUCCUGAUCUGCUUUCCGGUGUGAUCCGCGGGCAAUGGAAGUUAAACGGAUACAUUGUUUCGGAUUGUGAUUCGGUAGAUGUGUUGUACACAAAUCAACACUAUGUCAAGACUAAGGGGGAAGCUGUGGCCAAAUCUAUAUUGGCAGGUUUGGAUUUGAAUUGUGAUCAUUUCACGGGUGAACACGCAAUGGAAGCGGUCAAGGCUGGUUUGGUAAACGAAACAGCUAUUGACAAAGCGAUUUCAAACAAUUUCGCGACUCUGAUGCGUUUAGGGUUCUUCGAUGGGGACCCUAAGAAGCAGCCCUAUGGUGGUCUUGGUCCUAAGGACGUUUGCACCGCUGAUAACCAAGAACUCGCUAGAGAUGCCGCAAGACAAGGCAUUGUCAUGCUUAAGAACUCUGCUGGCUCGCUUCCGCUCUCACCUUCCGCCAUCAAAACAUUAGCCGUGAUCGGACCAAACGCCAAUGCCACCUUAACAAUGCUCGGAAACUACCACGGUAAACCAUGCAAGUACACAACACCCCUUCAGGGACUGGCAGAAACGGUGUCGUCGACGUAUCAGCCGGGCUGUUCUAACGUGGCUUGCCCAGAACCGGAUAUAGGCUCAGCCGCGGCUCUGGCGGCUUCUGCGGAUGCUGUUGUGCUCGUGAUGGGCGCAGACCAAUCAAUUGAGCAGGAGGACCUUGACCGACUCGACCUGUAUCUGCCCGGAAAGCAGCAAGAGCUUGUGACUCAAGUGGCUAAGGCGGCGAAAGGACCAGUGGUGCUAGUCAUAAUGUCCGGUGGAGGAUUUGACAUUACCUUCGCCAAGAACGAUGAAAAGAUCACAAGCAUUAUGUGGGUCGGAUAUCCAGGUCAGGCCGGUGGUCUCGCCAUUGCGGACGUCAUCUUCGGACGUCAUAAUCCGAGCGGAAAUUUGCCGAUGACGUGGUAUCCGCAAUCGUACGUGGAGAAGGUUCCGAUGUCAAAUAUGAACAUGAGACCCGACAAAUCAAAGGGGUAUCCGGGUCGGACUUACCGGUUUUACGCCGGAGAAACCGUAUACGCCUUCGCAGACGGGCUCACCUACACUAAAUUCGACCAUCAGCUAAUUAAAGCGCCAAGACUCGUCUCUCUCAGUCUCGACGAUAACCACCCUUGCCGAUCGUCGGAGUGCCAAUCACUGGACGCGAUCGGACCGCACUGCGAGAACGCCGUCGAAGGAGUAUCAGAUUUCGAGGUUCAUUUGAAGGUAAAGAACGUAGGAGACAGAGAAGGGAGCCACACGGUGUUUCUGUUUUUCACGCCGCCGCAAGUACACGGAUCUCCGAUUAAACAUCUUCUAGGGUUUGAGAAGGUUCGUCUGGGAAAGAGCGAAGAAACGGUGGUUAGGUUUAACGUCGAUGUGUGUAAGGAUCUGAGUGUAGUUGAUGAGAUCGGAAAAAGGAAAAUCGCGUUAGGUCAUCAUCUUCUCCAUGUGGGAAGCUUGAAACACUCCUUGAACAUUAGUGUUUGAUUCGAGGGAUUUUUUUCUUUUUAGCUAAAAUAUUAAUGAUGGUAAUAAAAUGAGAUAGCAAUU